AUGGCGGUUUCAGCCAGAUACCUAGAAGCCGUCGGCUCCGACGACUUUGACUCGAACGAGUACGAGCGAAGAUGUCUCGGUAUUCUGAUUCCCAUGCUGAAUGAUAAGAACACGACGGAACCACACGAUGAUGGUCUCCUUGUGUCGGCGUUGCUACUGAGACUCCUCGACGAGAUGACCGACCCUGCAGAAAGCCACCUGAUAAUCAGGCACACUGUGUCAGCGCCGCUCCUAUUGCGAAUGAGGCAACGUAGCACAAGACAUACCGAGCUCAGCAACGCAGCAAUGACGAUAGUCCUCAGACAGGAGAUCCUCGUUGCCAAUAUGGUCAAAAGACCCGUUGAGCUUCUGGGUCGUGACUGUGAUAUAGAUGACGGACUGGGUUCUGCAACCGAUGUCAUGUGGGCGCAUAGGAUGACGGCGCACGCAGCUCGAGUCACCAACUACGCAUACGGCAGCGAGCCUCGAACCCUGGAUGCGUGGGAUCUCCUCUGGCGGUAUCUAGAGGAUUGGGACAGCGCAAAGCCAAUUGCUUUCGAGCCGCUGAACGAAACCAGCACGGAAAGUCACGUAGGAUCUUUUCCGGCUCUCUAUUACUUGUCAGACUGCGCAGUCAGCGGUCGACAGUACUUGGAGAUCUGCAAGAUCAUUCUCCUGGCUCAUGAUCCGCGGACGCCCAGCCUAGGCUUGGGGAGGUUGAGCUAUCUGAGGGCCCAGGAAGAGAAGAUUCGGAACGCGGUUCGUACUAUCUGCGGUAUUUGGUUGUCCAACCAGGAGUACGUUCCAGCCCGAGUUCUGGCGGGACUCGCGAUUGGUAUGACUGGGGAGCUGUUCACUGAGGUUAAUGAGACUUCGCGGUUGUUGGAGAUCCUGUUGGAGGCUGAGAGGCAUGUUGGAUGGCCGUGUCUCAAGGUCAGCCCUGGCUUACGGAGGUUUUGGGGUCUGGAAGACGCUACGACGGGUUGA